CAACAAGGACAAUACUCAAGGUUCCUGCAUGACAAUGUCUCGGACUCAAACCUAUGCAAAGCGUGAUUUCCCUUCUCCUGAGCUCCUGAUUCCUGCCCUGUGUUCCCCCUGUCUCCAGUGUGUCUAGAGCAUCAGAUCUCCAACCCCGCUAGCAAAGGACGUUCAUUCUGCGGCUGUCCUCCUCGCUGGAACUCCCAAGGGCUUUGCCAAGGAUCUAAACAAUGAGGAAGGAGAAAACCCACACAGAAGAAGAGGAAGGAGGUGGGAGGUGGGAGAAGGCAAAGAAAACUGUCUUAGAAAAGAGGUGGGCACUGAAAACGAGUGUAACCGAGAUCUAGCCAGAGGAGGAGGAAUGGGAGGAGUAAGAGAAAGUGAAAACAGGAGGGCAUGAAAGAGGAAAGUGACGGAGGGGAGAAGAAGUGGACGAGGGAGAGUGAGGCUGAAGGAAGCUCUCUGGUUAAAGUCCUUCCACUAACUGCCACCAGACUCCUGCUUUAAAAUACCUCAACAGCCCCUGCAGAGAAAAGACAGAAAUCAGCUCCUUUUUCUCCUUCUUUUUAGCAAAUCUGGGAUUUACUACACAGAUCUGCUUUGGGACAUUUUUUCUUGACCUUUCUGAGACAUAUUUACUUGUUGAAACACCAAGAUAAGCUGUCGUUUCUUUGAUGGAAUUUUGUUUUGGUAGGUUUUCAGAUUUCAGCGUUUUUUCAAACUUACUUUUUUUUGUAAUCUGGUCCUGCAGUGGACCGUUUGAUUGGAGGAUUUACCUGUGGAUUGUAAAUCAAGAUGUCAGUUUGAUGUGAAUUACCCUUCAUGGAGAAUUUUUGGAGCCACUUUCAAGUAUUUUGGUUUGUUCUUCAAUGAGCUCCUGCGUACCAAAAUCAAAUUUUGUUAUCAAAACUUAAAAUCUUUACUUUCCUGAGGAAAGUUGACUGAUCUCUAUUCUGUAUUACCCAGCGGCCUCACAACGUUAAACAGCAGUCUUGCUUGUUGCUCAGUGGAACUUCAAACAUGGACUGUUUUUACAAAAUCUCCCAGCUGUGACGGUUUUGAACUUCAAGGCUGAAUCCUGAACGUUUAGGCUGUUAAUCUCCACGAGGAUGUAGUAGUGUGAGACAGCAGAGGAUAAUGUGACGCAGAUGAUGGUUUUGCUGCCCGUGCCAUGCUGAGAGGGAGGCGAGCUCUCGUGAGUGUGUAUCUGUGUUUUGUCUGUCUGCUCUCCCUGACCGCGCAACCAGCCGCCAAACCCUGCACUCAAGACAUCAUCAAACGGGUCAAGUUCCUCAUCAUCAAAGCCCCUGACUUGAAGUGGUUGCACUGCAGACUGUACACGCCAACCAUCGACGACUUUCAGCAGAAUUGCCCCAGCUCCACCCUGAAAUGUUUUGCUAACGAAAUUAAAGUCCUCAUUGAAGAGUGGGAGACCGUUCAAGGAAUUCACAGUUUGAAGAUCAGACUUGAAAAACUAGCAUCGUUGUUCAACCAGACGGAGUCAGAGUGUCGUCAGUGUGAGCUCCUCGAGGAGAAAGAAGCAGAAGUGUUCCUCAAAGGUCUUCACGGGACUCUUGAGAUGAUGAACUCUCAGCACUGUCACAGCACUACUCGUGCUCCCCCAAAGAGACUUCAUGACCCGUUUUCCUCGUCAUGAACUUUUCAUGUCACCAGAGCACAAAUAAAGUGCCACAUGCAUGAUG